UCUUUUCUUUUCUUUUCCUUUUUCUCUUUCACUCACCCUCACUGUCUCAACUAAACAAUCAUAAUAUCCAUUAGCCUUCAAUUGCUACUUCUAUUUUAUCCUUUGUUGCGGACAAGCUCACCAAUAUUUGACAUUCGGAGCCGAGCUACAUCGUAAAAUCGGUCUUCCUUCUUCUGCACAGUCAGCCCACCAUAUCAUAAUCAUCAAUACAAGAUCGUAUACUUGUCUGAACACAAAACAGCAUGGCCCGGAAACCUCAUUUUACCCUUGCGGGAAUAGCUGUAGCGGCUUUCCUAUGCAUAUUCUUUGUACUUACAUUUCGCAAUCAAAAUCAUGGAACGCGAGCUUUAGAUUAUGGCACAGAGAGUGAUUAUAAUACUGAAUCCCCUUUGGACAAAACACCAAUUCUUGUCGAUAAUAAUGUUCUUCACGGAGCCGCGACUGCUCCUAAGUUGGAAAAUGCUACUUUGAAGUAUGUGCGCCAGCUUUGCAAAAUGUCAUUGAAAUUACUUGAUUUUUGUACUUGCUAACGAUCUCCGCCCUCUCAGAGCAGAACUCGGCCACGCAGCCUGGAAAGUCUUACACACGAUGAUGGCGAAAUUCCCCGAUAAGCCUACAGAAGAAGAUAGCUCAGCUCUAAAAUCUUACAUCCAUCUCUUUGCUCGCCUCUAUCCAUGUGGCGAUUGCGCUCGCCAUUUCCAAGCGCUUUUAAAGAAAUAUCCACCGCAGGUUGCUACGAGGAGUACGGCUGCGGCAUGGGCUUGUCAUGUCCAUAAUGAGGUCAAUAAGAGGUUGAAGAAGGAAAUAUUUGAUUGUAGUAAGAUUGGGGACUUUUAUGAUUGUGGGUGUGCGGAAGAUGGGGAGCCGGGAAAGGCUGGAGCAGGAAAGACGGAGAUUAAGAAGGGAGAAGGAGAAGGGUUUACUCCGUUGGAGUUAGAUAAGGAAGGGUAGGUUUUCACUGGGUUGAGGGUAUUAUUGGGGAGAUGAUGCUAAUAGCGUGGCUGUAGUUUGACUCGAGGAGGUUAGAACAUGUCAUUGAACGCAAAUUCAUAGAAGGAAUUGGGUCUGGUCCAGAGCAAAUUUAUCUAGAUGCGGUGCGAAAGAUGGAAGUGCAGGAGCUUGCCGCAGGUCUACUUGUGUGCUAUCCGGGCCAUGUAAGAUCAAGAAUUGAAGGCAGCUAAACUAUCAAAGCAUGGCGUUCAGUAGAGUUUUGAGUAUGGGGCAUUAUUAUAUAAAUUGGAAUAGGCAGGGAAAUUCCAAUGGAAGUUGUCAGGGUAUCCAUUUGUAUAAAUUGUAGAU